AAAUUAAAUUAAAAAGAAUACAAAAACAGAAAAAUAAAAAUAAAAAUAAAAACUCCGAGAUUCUGCCAGAAAUUUUUCGAUUCCAUUGCGUUCCUUUUCCCCUCUUCGUCUCUCUUUCUAGGUCAAACCCUUUUUCACCAUUGAUCGACGGAACCAUCAACCAUGAAUAUCUUCAGGCUCGCCGGCGAUAUGACUCAUCUCCUCAGCAUUCUCGUUCUCCUUCUCAAAAUCUACGCCACCAAAUCAUGUUCAGGGAUUUCUCGCAAGACUCAAGAGCUAUACGCAAUCGUGUUUUUGGCACGUUAUUUGGAUCUGUUCACGGACUUUAUUUCCGUGUACAAUACCUUUAUGAAGGUGGUGUUCAUUGCUAGCUCCUUAGCCAUUGUUUGGUGCAUGCGUGUUCAUCCUAUGGUCAGGAGAAGUUAUGAUAAGGAGAUUGAUACGUUCCGAUAUUAUUUUCUAAUUGCUGCUAGCUUUGUUUUGGCUCUCGUGUUGCACGAGAAAUUCACCUUUCAAGAGAUCUUCUGGGCAUUUUCAAUAUACUUAGAGGCAGUUGCGAUACUGCCCCAGCUGGUUAUGUUGCAACGAAGUGGGAAUGUUGACAAUUUGACUGGGCAAUAUGUAUUCUUUCUUGGUGCAUAUCGUGGGUUUUACAUUCUCAACUGGAUAUACCGCUAUUUGACUGAGCCACGUUUCACACGAUGGAUAGCUUGUGUCUCAGGCGUUGUUCAGACGGCUUUGUAUGCCGAUUUCUUCUACUAUUAUUUCAUUAGUUGGAAGAACAAUUCUAAACUAAAGUUGCCUGAAUGAAUGAUCUCAAGAUUGUUUUGAAACUUAGACGCUUGUUAGGUGAGUCCCUAUUCUAGAGAUAGGCAAGAUGAGGCCAGCUCUGCCCUAUUCAUAUGCUGGGUAGAUGUUUUUUUUUUGCGGACAAGGGUAAAUGAGUUUCAACUUCUGAUGAAUAUAACUGCCUCAGCAAUGCAAUAUUAGGUUAAAAAUGAAAAUGUUAUAUAUGAUGUUUUAUUUGUAGAUUAAGGUCACCAUUCCAUGGUAUUGUAUAGAUUGAAGUGUAAGGUAGCUGGUUUUGGCUAUAUUGGAUUGAUCCCAUCUUAGGGUAUGAUUACACUGUAAAAAUUAUACAAUUUACUUCUAGUACCUAGCUUGCGAAAUGAAGUCAGAAUGUUCUAUAACUA